CAAAUUCUUAUCAGUUGCUACAUGAAGUUUUUUCAUCUCACCAGGCUAGUUUAUUUGAAUUAUAUUUUUGUCUUUGGUGUUGUUUGUGUUGAAAUUUUCUUCUGCCAUUGGAUCAUAAAAUUAUUUUAUCCUUACAUUAUUGGGUUUACCUUUUCAGGAGGAACUUGAAGAGGAAGAUAGUGAUUGUAUUGAGAAUGUGCUGUGGCAUCAACCAAAGGGCGUGGCUGAAGAAGCUCUUAGGAGUAAAAGAUCAACUAAUCAUGUUCUACUUAGCUACUUGUUUGAUUCUGAGCCAAAUUGGAAUGAGAUGGAAUUCUUGAUAAAAUGGAAAGGCCAAUCCCAUUUACACUGUCAGUGGAAAUCAUUUUCUGAGCUUCAGAAUCUUAGUGGUUUUAAGAAGGUUUUGAAUUACACUAUAAAGGUAACGGACGAAGUCAGGUUCAGGAAGACAGUCACACGUGAGGAGAUUGAGGUUAAUGAUGUGAGCAAGGAGAUGGACUUGGACCUCAUCAAGCAAAAUAGUCAGGUGGAAAGGAUAAUUUCAGACCGCAUUAGUAAAGACAGUUCUGGAGAUGUAAUUCCAGAGUACCUAGUCAAGUGGCAAGGGUUAUCUUAUGCUGAAGCGACAUGGCUUAUAGCUCUGGAGAACAGUACUACUCACACACCUUUAAGCUCAUCACAGUGUUCUUGCAUGAAGCAAGUCAUGCUAUUGCUUGCAAACUCACAUGUGGUCAUGUGGAGGGAAUCCAAGUCCAUGCAAAUGAGGGUGGCGUCACACAAACGCGUGGCGGUGUAUAUUGGUUGAUAUUACCUGCAGGAUAUCUUGGCUCAUCAUUCUGGUGAAUGACUUUGAUACUCGCAUCAACAAAUCUCCUCACUGCGAGAAUUGCUGCUGGUUGUUUAAUUGUUGCUCUAUUUGUGGUGCUCUAUAUUGCUAAAAACUGGACACUCCGUGGACUUUGUAUCGGUAAGAAACUUUAUUGAGUUGUUUAAAAGUACUGUCAAUUUUAUAUAUUCAAAUGCUUCCUUACCAUUUUCAAAUGCUGCCAAUUUUGAGGUUAUAACUUUUUUACAAUGAAUGAUACAUGGUUUUGGACCAUUUACACAAUCUAGAUACAAAGCUCUGCCUGAUGUUCAAUCUGCCUUAUUUUAAGUUUUAAACCUCCAGGAAGACCUUUAAUUGUAGUUUCUCACAUGGUGAAAAGGCAUCUAUAUCUUUUCUUUUUUUUGGUCUAAACUUUGUGCUGAACUGCGACAUUACAUCAUGAUUCUCAGAAGUCGCAGAAAGAGGAGGAUAUGGAGGAGAGAGGUAUGAGCAGCUGGAGUUUCAGAAGAAAGCUAGGCAAUGUUACAAGGGUCUCCAUGAUUCUUAUUGGAAGGUAAUUUUGUGUUUCGUUUGGUGACAAGUAAUAAAGCAUAAUGCAACUUUAAAAGUCUUUUUUUUUUUUUAAUAUUGAUUAAAGUAUGAUAAUAGAGAGAUGGGUUAUUUCAUGAAUAGUCACAUAUGAGGUACUAAAACUACUAAUUUAUGUUAUUUCAUUUGCUCAUUAGUAAGGAUUGUCAAUAUUACCAGUCCCUUGCAUAAGUUCUUCAUUUGUUUAUAUAUUUAGGAGAAGUAAUUUAUAAGUCAUUAGCAAGUGCAUAUGAAUAUAUUUUGUUUGAAGUUACAAAUUGUAAUAUAUAAUUAUUCUCAAAAACACCUAAAAGGUUGGAGAAGCAAGGUUCUUUAAAUUGAGGCUUGUCUUACAUAUUCCGCAUUUGCCUCGAUGAAUUUUUAAACCAACUUAUGAUUCUUACUCUAUAAACAGAGCAUUGCACUUUAGCUUUAAUUUUUAUUGUUAACAGUCAACUUAUGGUCAUAUAAAAUGUUGUGUUACAUGUAAUUACCUUCUUUUUCAGUUUUGAGUUUCUUUAAUCGGUGAUUGUCCAGAGUUUUGAGUUUUCAAUAGAUAAUAAAGACGCCAAAAUGUCAUAUAACGGAGCAGAUAGAUUAUAUAGAUCAUCUUAUGUUAAACGAGUAUAGUAUGAAAUAUAUGAAUUUCUAGCCUUGGUAGUGGCGCAUUGCUAACUCUGUUAGGAGUUCUUUCAUCUGCAUAUAAUGAUUGAAUAUUAAUGAUUUUGUUGAAUAUGUGUUUCUUUGAAUGUGGUGUUUUAUUACUUGUGAUUUAUUUGUGAGAGUGGAAGUGUUUACUUGUGGUAUUUGUGAGAGUUUCAAGAUUUUAGAAAAAUACAACAAGAAAGGCGUAAUCAUUUACAAUACCCUCGUAGGACUUCACGCCAUAGCUAUACUGAAUUGGAAGCUGAUUUACAAGCUAAGGGGGGCACAACAGAGCAAAUAGAUCGACCAGAGGAGGCCAGAAAAGAUUCUUCUAGAGUUGCCUUUUGAAAUGAUAACUAGAGUUUCUUGAGCAGAUGAGUCAUAGAUAGAGUAAGGGUCUAAGAGGCUUGCUAGAGCUACCUUUUGAAAUCAUAGCUAGAGUUUCUUGAGUGGAUGAGUCAUAGCUAGAGUAACUUUUGAAAUCAUAAUUAAAAAAAUAUACUAACUGUAGUAUUUAGUUAGCACUUACACAGUUAUCCCAAGUGAGUUCUAUAUUCCAAGUGAGUUAGCACUUACAUAUUUUGAUCUUGUAAUUUUUAGAUUUGGAACAUACCGAGUUCUAUUGAUUUUGUCUGCCCGUUGAUUCUA